AUGACCGCUUUGACCAAUCAACCCGUCAACCGGCCUGAAACAUGGCAGUGUACCGAACCAAGUCAUGAAAGCCUUGCCAGCUUCUCCGAGCAUCAGUGGUAUCGUACGGCAGGCUACUUGCUAGCAAGCUUGCUGCAAAACGCCGGAUAUAGCCAACAGGCUCAGCUCAAGAUACUGGGCGAGUUUGCGGAGAUAAUCGCUCCUUAUCUAGGUUUACCUCCUGGACUGAGUACACAUCGCUGGCAGAGCUUCAUGACUGACGACCACAACCCAAUCGAACUCAGCUGGGACUUCCACACGGGCACUCAACAACCGACGAUACGAUACUCAAUUGAACCCAUUGGCCUCGAUGCGGGAAGCGCUACCGAUCCCAACAACGCGAAAGCCCCGUUGCUAUUUAGACGAUCGAUACUGAAAGCAUUCCCCCAUGUCGAAACGGAGCUUUUUGAACAUUUUGAAAAGACUUUUGGCAACCAUUGGGAAGAUGGUCUUCCCGAAGGCCAUCGGUCAACGAUAUUUUGGGCUUUCGAUCUCAAGGAGGGCCAAAAUACUGCCAAAGCCUAUUUCUUCCCGGGGACCGUAGCCCAAGCGACCAACAAGUCCAACUUGGAGGUCAUACACGAUGCCAUAUCGUCCGCGCCAACGUGGAAGUUCUCUGAUCUGAAACCCUUACACACUUUCAUCAGCUUUGUAGAACAGCAUAAUGAACUGGCACUCGAAGUCGACAUGCUGGCUCUAGACCUCGUCGACUCGGUACAAUCCCGACUGAAGAUCUACUUUCGUUGUCGUCGAACAGAUUUUUCCACCGUCCGCAAGAUCAUGUCCCUGGGGGGCGCGAUUGAAAGCCUAGACGACGGCUUGGAGAAACUGAGGGCUCUGUGGGACUCAUUACUGGGCACGCAAGGCCAGCCGGAUGACAUGCCACUCCCACAUAACAACCACCGGACUGCCGGCAUUCUGUUCAACGUGGAGUUCAAAGUGCAAAGCACGACCCCCAAAGUGAAGCUAUACAUUCCUGCUCGCCACUACGCAAAGAGCGAUCAGCAAGUCAUCAAUGCCGUGACAGGUUACCUCAAUGGCGAGGCGAAAAAGCUUGGGCAAUCUGAUUUGACUAGGAAGUACGCAGCUUCUUAUGCAUCGUGCCUGUACAAGGUUUUCAACACAUACAGUCUAUCUUCCUCACUUGGAGUUCACACAUACAUCGGAUGCUCCGUGCAAAACGAUGGGAACUUGCGUGUGGUCACUUACUUCAACCCUCAGCAACACAAGUUCCACAACGAUGGUUAUGCUUAG